UUAAACUGUUGGCCUCAGAUCUGGAAGCUUCUUUCUCCCAGCAGCACAAGGAAGCAGAAAGACUCUCCCAUCUGACUCAGGAAAACCAAAAGCUGGUUUCUGAGAAUGAAAGACUGCAGACAGUAAACAGACAGCAGCAAGAAGCAGCAGAGGAUGUGGGGGUAAAUUGUGCUGAAGUCAUGGCACUGAAAGACCACAUCGCUGUGCAGCAGGAGGAAAGUCUAGAGAAAGACAACACAAUCAGGUCUCUCUGUGUCGUUAUUGAGAAUCUUCGAAGUGCAAUGGGAAACCGAGAUGAAAUGGUUUCCUGUCUGCAGGACAAAGUUAAACUGUUGGCCUCAGAUCUGGAAGCUUCUUUCUCCCAGCAGCACAAGGAAGCAGAAAGACUCUCCCAUCUGACUCAGGAAAACCAAAAGCUGGUUUCUGAGAAUGAAAGACUGCAGAGUGAACUCCAAUCUGCCCUGCUCGCUCUGAAAGAGCUCCAGGAAGAAGAAACAGGUGGCAGCAGAUCUGAGGAGGAACAUCUCAGGGCUCAAGUAGCUGAUCUCAUGAAGUCACAGACAGAGCUCCUGCUGAGCAAAGAAGAGCUGAAAGGAACAGUCUAUGACAUGACAGCAGAGCUCGAAGGGAAAAACACCAUCAUCAACAACCUCAAGAACAAUCUGGAGGCGUGCCACAUUCAGCAAGAACGAUCAGAAGAGCUUUAUCAGUUGAAUUGUGCUGAGCAACAGGAGGACAGUCUGCAGAAAGACAAGGAAAUAGGAUCCCUGCACUUCAAUAUUCAGACUCUACUAACUGAAGCUGAAGACCGAGACAACACGGUUUCUGCGCUGGAAAUCAAAGUCAAACAGUUGGCCUCAGACCUUGAAGAAGAACAAGCAAAAAACAGUUCUCUUCAGAGGGACCUCGAGGCUGCUCAGUUGAAUUGUGCUGAGAAGCAACAGGAGGACAGUCUGCAGAAAGACAAGGAAAUAGGAUCCCUGCACUUCAAUAUUCAGACUCUACUAACUGAAGCUGAAGACCGAGACAACACAGUUUCUGCACUGGAAAUCAAAGUCAAACAGUUGGCCUCAGACCUUGAAGAAGAACAAGCAAAAAACAGUUCUCUUCAGAGGGACCUCGAGGCUGCUCAGUUGAAUUGUGCUGAGAAGCAACAGGAGGACAGUCUGCAGAAAGACAAGGAAAUAGGAUCCCUGCACUUCAAUAUUCAGACUCUACUAACUGAAGCUGAAGACCGAGACAACACGGUUUCUGCGCUGGAAAUCAAAGUCAAACAGUUGGCCUCAGACCUUAAAGAAGAACAAGCAAAAAACAGUUCUCUUCAGAGGGACCUCGAGGCUGCUGUCUCCCGGCCACAGAAGGACGUAGAGGAAUCAGAAGAGCUGGAAAGUCUGACUCCUGAAAAUGAAAAACAGGCUUCUGAGAUCACAAGGCUGAAAGGUGAACUCAAGGCUGCCAAGCUCGCUGAAGAACAGCUGCAGAAAGAAGGUAGCAGAAGAGAUGAGGAGAAUAAGGAGCAAAAAGCUCUGCUCAUUAAAGCGCGUAAAACCCUUCAAAGUCGAAAGAAGGAGCUCCUUGAGAAGUCCCAGGCUUUAGAAAAUAGUCUGGCUGCUGAAAAAGUAUUAAAGUCUGCCCUCGAAGAUGAAAAAAUGUGCUCCAAGCGAAUGUUCUCACAACAGCAGGCAGCACCUGAUGCCGCCGAGUCCUCAAAGCGUCUGAUGGACGAAGUGAAGAUGUUGAGGAAGGAGAACGCAGACAUCAGGGCUCAACUGGAGACCACAUUUAGAGAACACCAGCAAACCAAGGCAAAAUAUGAGUUUCUUUAUGAGCACCAGGAACAGAUGCUUUCCUCAAAGACUGAUAUCAUCUCAGAAAAUAAGAUCACCACCAUGAACCUCCAGAUCAUGGUAGAAGACUUGAAGGCAGCGCAGCUUGAGAGCAGGACAAGGCAGACAUCUCUGGAAGGUGCACUCAGAGAGACGAGGGAGAAGACGUGUGAGCUGCAACAGGCAGCUGAUAAAGCUGCCGCUCAGCUCGAGACAGAAAAGACCAAGUGCUUCAAGCAAGGACUCGAGCUGCAGGAAGCUUUGAUCAAGAACAACGUGUGUCUGAAGGAAAGGCAGAACCUGUUGGAGGCUCUUCAGAGAACUCAGGACACCGGCUUCAUGCAAACCAAACAACAGAUGCAAACGGCCGACAUCGACCUCAGGCUCAUCGGGCAACAAGUGGAACUGGACCAAAGCAGGACGGCUUUCCGCAAGCUGCAUGAUCAACACGCUGAACUGGGGAAGGAGAACUCCGACCUUAAAGGCAGCUAUCGUAAGCUGCGUUACGCUUACAAGGAUCUCAAGGUCCAAUACAAAACGCUCUGCAUCGCCAGCGAUUACUCCCAAUCAUAA